UCCUACGCCCAAACCUCCCUCGACGCCGCCAUCCCACCAUCCACCCGCCAACGCGCAUACAACAGACUCUCCGCCUUUGCAUCAAACCAACCCAUCCUCUUCCUCCUCUUCUCCCUCCUCCCACUCACCCUCUUCCUCUCCUUCGCCCUGUCAACCUUCCUCCUCGCCCUCUCCGCCGCCUUCGCCUUCGCCCUCUUCUGGAUCGGCGUCGCGAGCAUCUUCCUCGUCCCCACGCUCUUCAUCACGUCUUCCUUUGCGGCGCUCUGCUGGGGAGCUUCAGCGGGGGGCUUCGUGCUUGUGAGGAAACUGUACCACUAUGCUCCGGCGGGGUCUCAUCAGGGCAAG